GUUAUUACGUGGAGAUGUAAGCAGUCUGUGGUUAAAAGUUUUUCAAUCAGCCGCGCGCACCUCGUAAUAAAAUAUAAGAAUUUCAUAAUAAAAGUAAAUAGCCGGUUUUCGGUUUGAAAUGUCCAAAAAUAAUUCAGCUGUAAUACAAUGUCGGACUGGUAUUGGCGGGCAAUUGCUUUAAAGGCAGCCUUCGCGUUAACUUUAUUCGUUUGUAGUGUACGUGCCGAGGAUACUGUGCCAAAGUUACCGUACUGCAAUCCCAAUAAUGAAAAAGACAGUAAAGUUUUUAACGAUUUGGUGAUAGUAAGCACUUUAGAUGGGAGGUUAACUGCCUUCUCCACGCAGAACGGCAUCAAAGCCUGGGAUUUGGAGACACAGCCGCUGCUCUCCUCAAACCUACAUCAUGUUGAGCUCACAUCAGGAGGCAAAUGGGUUCGGCUUGUACCAUCGCUCAGUGGCUCCCUCUACAGUCUCAGUGGAGACAACAUCGAGCCUCUGCCCUUUGAUGCAGAACAGCUACUAUCAUCCUCCUUCAAGUACUCUGAUGACCUGGUUAUAGCUGGUGCCCGCGAAACCCUAUGGUUCGGUCUCGACGCUACCACAGGCGGCGUGAUCUACGAGUGCGGUUCGGGAGGCUGCAGCACUGAACAACAGACAGCCAACGCAGGCCGUGACGUCAUAGUACUGAGGAGACAUUCUAGCACUGUGCGAGCUUUGGACCCGAGGACUGGGAGUGAGAAAUGGAACUUCAGCGUAGCAGAGCACCGAGUAGCACUAAGCCGUCGCGAGUGCGCCGACGCACCGGCAGGGUCAGCGCAGGUCGCUGUGGCGGUGGCCAUGCCCGAAGGAGUAGUUGCUAUUAAGGAUAUAUCGGGGACCAAGCUGUUGUGGCAGCAGAAGUUAGAUGCACCAGUGGCAGGCAUGUGGCGGCUCCACGCGGGUACUCUACAGAACAUCGACGUGCUAUGGGAGGCCACUCAGACGCUCGUACAGGGGGGAGUCACUCAACAGCCCUCGCUGUAUAUAGGCGUGCAUGAUCGACAGCUAUACAUCCAAGAAAGUCAAUUCUACUCCCGGAAGAUAGAAACAGCGGUCUCAGCUAAGCCGUUGCCAUGGAAACUGGUGACAGCCCGCCCUCUCAUAGGAGUUGAGCCUGACAAUGAAGACACAGCCUUAUCGGUACACGAUAAUGAUCAAAAUGCAUUGUCGCUCAUCACGUUGUAUGGUACUGCUUUGAAUAAUGUUGGCGACCACGGCUACUUCGUCUACUUACAAGAAACUUGCGACCAAUCGGUCCAAGUUACCGAAGACACCUUCGACCUUCCGAACAUCAGCACAGAACAGCCUGAACAUCAUCACAUUCACGUGCACAUCUCGUCUCUAUGGUACUGGUGGAAGGAGGUUCUACUCAUCGCUGUGUCUUCGGCCUUGCUGAUGAAUCUGAUGAUAUGGCCAAGGUUCUUUGCGCCGAAGAUCAGGGCUGUUACGCCUUUGCCAAGUAGUCAGGAACAGGUGGUAGUGCAAGUGUGGCGCGUGAACAAGGAGGGCCGCUUGCCGGAGUACUCGGGCCGCUACGAGAACGACUUCACGCCGCUGCGCUGUCUCGGCCGCGGCGGCUUCGGCGUCGUCUUCGAGGCUAAGAACAAUAUCGAUGACUGUUCUUAUGCUGUUAAACGAAUCACUUUGCCUAGGAGGGCAUCUAAACGCGAGCGAGUACUUCGCGAAGUACGUGCUCUCGCGAAGUUGGAACACGAGCACAUUGUCCGCUACUUCAACGCGUGGGUUGAGGAACCUCCUCCCGACUGGCAGCAGCAACGUGACGCUGUAUGGAUGAGGGAGUUGGACGGAGUAUCGGUAGCGAUGUCAGACGAGUACACGGCGACGUCGCCGCCCGCGGCCGCUGACGUCACGCUCAACCUGCACAAGUGUACCCACAGCGACAACAAGCUCGCUGAACCUAGCAAGAGGCUUAGGUCAUUAAGCUGCAACGAUUCCUUCAGCAUAGUAUUUGACGAAAACGCUCCUCAUUCGUCAAAACCGUCUGACUUAACCGGGCGUUCGCUCGCGAAACCCGACGACGGCGACGAUUCGUUCAUAGUGUUCGCGAAUUCCGGAGAAGAGGUGGAGGGAAGGAGUUCUUCCUUCGACAAGAGAUUGGAGAGGGUUAAGGAGUGUGAUUAUAAGACUGAGAGUUCGUGUACUGGGAAGAAGAAGAAGAAAGGGCACACCCGGCACUGGUCGCUGGACAUGGUAGUGCGCGGCACGGGAACACAACCCGACACCCCCGCGCCCGCCAGCCCACAGAUGUACCUCUACAUACAGAUGCAGCUGUGUCGCCGGGACAGCUUGCACGACUGGCUGAGGGAGAAUCGCUGCUGUCACGAUAGAGCUGACAAGGUUAAAGUACUAUUCAGCCAGAUAGUAUCAGCGGUCGAAUACGUGCACUUAGCAGGCCUCAUUCAUCGGGACCUCAAGCCUUCUAACAUUCUAUUCGCGCCGGACGGACGAGUGAAGGUCGGAGACUUCGGCCUUGUCACCGCCAUGAGCGACACGUCCAGCGACGGACAGAGGACUGACGUGGUGGAUGCACAUCAGAGACAUACGUAUCGAGUUGGAACACAUCUCUACAUGUCACCAGAACAACUUCUAGGCCGUCCGUACAGCUACAAAGUGGACAUCUACUCUCUCGGGCUGAUACUGUUCGAGUUGCUGCACCCAUUCGGCACCGAGUCCGAGCGAGUCGCGUGUCUACUGCGGCUGAGGCAGGCCAUAUAUCCCGACCAGUUUAGCUCCAGUUAUCCGCAAGAGACCAAAGUCCUAAAAAUGAUGCUGAGUGAAGACCCAUCGAAGCGGCCCACAGCGACCGGCGUCCGCGCUUACGCACCGCUGUACCAACACACCAACCCUGAUCAUCAUUUCACAUUACCUACCAUGGCUGCCGCAUAGAAAACCAUUAAAAACUUACAGUAAGUCCACCUUACUAUAGUGUCACCGCAUCUUUUGUGUAGUUGACAGCUGUCAGUUUCAGCAACUGUCAACUGUCAUUUUAUUUUGUUGGUAAAAUAUUUUAUUUUUAUGUGAGAGGCUGUCAGGUGGUAUGAGAAAACGGGACUAGAGUUUUUGAGGAUUGUAUAAGAUAUAUCUUUCAUGUUUGUAAGCAAUAAUUGUGAGAAUAAUUAAUGUGAAUAAAUUAUUAAUUUCAAUAAUAUUUAAACAUUUCAUAAAUACAUUCAAAUUAAUCCGAUUUUCCUAUUAAAUGUAACUAUCAUAAAAUAUAAAAAACAUAAUUAUGGAAAUCAUGACUAUUCAAUAGAUAUUAUAUCCUAGUUAAUUUCAACUUACAUUUUCAAUAUAUUAAUUCAAAGCUAUUAUGAAAUGUAUACAAAGACUAUUUGUGAUUUCAUACAAUGUUAUAAAAAUAUGUAGAUUCUAGAAUAUUGUUCGCUUGUGCCUUUUAAUUCUUUACCAGUAAACACAUCAUAAUUAAAAACUUAUUUUAACCAUCCCAGUGUGUAUCCCCAUACUAGAGUACUCAAUCAUCAGUCAAUUUUUAAAUGACACCUAAAAUGUGUCAUAAUAAGUUCUCGCCAAACUUUUUGUCGUCACGGAACAUCAAAUAAAUAGAUUGCGUGAGCCGCUGCGCAAAAACCAAUUUUAGGUACCAGCGCUUAACGGAGGUGGGGUAGGAGUAUUAGGCCACUGGCGCGUACAGUCAACUUCAGGUCAAUGGUAACAGUUUUAUAGGAAAAUCGUACUCAUUACUAUUGAGUUAAGGUGCAUGACAGUUACCACUGAUGUGCGGUCUACUGUAUUUAUUUAUGCUCGGAAUUUAGUUGCAGUACGCCAUUGAGUUUUGUGAGAACUGUAUCAUUUUUAAAUUGAAUGAUGAUUGAGAAUAAAACAUAAGCAUUAUGUUAUGUUCAUCUUCGAUCCUAAGUAUUAAUUAAGAAUAAAUUAUUUUCUCUUAAUCUAAGCAUUUGCAACGUAUUCUAAAGCAUUUACUUUUAGUUAAUUCUUUAGCUACCAACUCUGGCUAGUAGUGUUGCCAUUUUUACAAAUUCAAAAAACGUAAUGGAAAUAAAAUGUGAAUCUGCUAAACAAAAAAAAAUUGUCAAUCUGUAAAAUGUUGAAUAAAUAAAUGCUGUUGGCAACACUGCUGCCUACAUAAUGUUUACUGAGAGUUAAAAAUCUAUUUCUUAUUUCCGUUAAGAGGCGAUUCCGAUAGUGAACGUUAGUGUACAUUUCUAGUGAUAGUGUAAGUUAAUUUGUACUGUUACUUUUUAGUUUAAAAUUAAUCAUUUUCACCAAGGUCAAAAUAUAAUUUUUCUUCUCAUAAAAUUUCCUAUCACUGUUAAUUUUCAGCACUUUCAAACAUAUUCAAUUAGUUCGACUAUUAAAGUUGCCAAAUUAAAAAUGCUUAAUAAAUUCUUAUAAUACUUAUUGAAAAUGAUUGAUUAAUAUAAUUUUAAGCAAUAACUAUGUAAGUUUCUUUAAUGUAAUGUAUUAAUAAACGUAAGACUGGAGAUGGGUAUUGUCGGAAUGUUGAUGUAUUAAUUAAAUUAAAUAUUUACAUAAAAUUGUUUAAAACAUAAAUAAAUACUAGUGAAGCUUAUGAAAAAUACUAGCGGUUACUGCGUUCCAUAUAAUGGUAAGCGCAGUGAACUUAGUUUGCAAAAUAAAUUUAUACUUUGCGCAACUUUUGCGCAAACGCAUUUUUUGUUAAAUUGAUGUAGCGCUUGCAUGUAUAUAAUUAUACAUUGGUAAGAUAUACAAUAAAAAUUCUGAAAACAUUUCUAAAAAUAGUAAUUAUGUUUUAUAAAGUUUAACUCGUGAAUGUUAUGUGGUAUGGUUGAAUACUCUCGUUUUUAAUUAUUUUUGAUGAGAUUGUUCCAAAGUAUAGUUUUGAACAGUUUUUAUGAAAAAAUGUGUAUGAUUUGUCCUUACUGUAAUAAUUUUACGGUGAAAAUAAAAAUAUUCGAUAAUGUAA